AUGAUUCACGGCGAGUCAGACGGAGAGGGGGGCAUCAGUCUGCUGAAUGUCCUGUAUGUGUUUCCUGCUAAUGAUGGUCCUCCAUUAAUAACUAAUCUGCUCUUUACAGCCAUGGCCACGUCCCUCUGUGAUGACGCACUGCUGUGCAACUUUCCAAAGUGUCGGGGCAAGUUGAGUGGUUUCGCCUGGGUCACGGCCUGCUCGCAUGUUUUUUGUGAUCAGCAUGGAUCUGGAGAGUUCAGCCGCUCCCCUGCCAUCUGCCCUGCCUGCUCCUCUGCACUGUCUGGGAAGCUGGACAUUGUGAGGACGGAGCUUUCUCCAACCGAGGAGUACAAAGCAAUGGUGCUGGCAGGUCUACGGCCAGACAUCGUUCUGGACAUUUGUGCUCGUGCUCUUGCCUUUUGGCGCUAUCAGGUCCACCAAGAGCGUAUGUAUCAAGAGUACAGUCUUUCACGUGCUGAAGCUCAAUUAAAGCAGAUGGAUAAGGUUUUGACCCAGCAAAACCAGAGUAGAGAACUGGAGCUCACCGCCAUGAGGGGGGAGAUCACCUCCCUCAAGAAAGUGAUGGAGGAAUAUAAGAGGAAGUACAGCGAAGUGUCUGAGAGGCUGAUGGACAGGAACAGGCAGUACCAGAAACUACAGGGGCUGUACGACUCCCUGAGGCUGCGAAACAUGGUGGUGGGCGCCGGGGACAAAGAAAUGCAGCCACAACAUGGAAAUCAAGACCUAAACAGCAUGGCAGCUCGGCAGGCGGCUCCUGAGAGAAGCCCUAAUUUCCUGUCCCUCUGCCCCGAUAUAGACAACCGUUUCUUCUCCUGCCUGGAGGCCGAUGGACCCAAGACCUUCUUCCAGAUCAGCUCCCCAGCCAGAGAUCGGGUCUGGCCCUUCAAUAAUCAGCACUGAGGCAAAUCAGCUUCAAACACUGAAGCCUAGCCAGUUAUUCGUGUUA